ACAGGAGUGUAGAAAGGGAAGUUGUCCACGCUAUAGAAAUCAUUCCAGGGAGUAAAACCCCAAAGGGAAGGAUCUAUAGGAUGGCUCCCGCCAAGUUAGAUGAACUUCGGCGACAACUCAAAGAGCUGACAGAGAAGGGAUGGAUCCGGCCUAGUACUUCCCCUUACAGAUCUCCAGUUCUAUUUGUACCAAAGAAGGGGGGGACAUUGAGGAUGUGUAUUGACUAUAGAGGCCUCAAUGCCAUCACCGUGAAGAACGCAGAACCUCUACCUCGCAUAGACGACCUACUGGAUAGGGUGCAGGGAUGCAAGUACUAUAGCAAUAUAGACUUGAAAUCCGGCUAUCAUCAGAUCGCUAUAAGACCCGAGGACCAACACAAGACAGCUUUUCAGACUCUAUAUGGUCUGUAUGAGUUUGUAGUGAUGCCCUUUGGUCUUUGCAAUGCGCCGGGAACAUUCCAGCACGCUAUGAAUCGGAUCUUCCAUGACCAUUUAGAUAAGUUUGUCGUGGUUUACCUUAACGACAUUCUGAUCUUUCGUAAGUUUGUCGAGGAGCAUGCACAACACGUUGAGACUAUACUUUCACUCCUGCGACAGCACAAGUAUAAGGUCAACCUAGAGAAGUGUGAGUUUGGUCGCACUAAGAGAUUAUACUUGGGUCAUGAAGUAUCCGCGGAAGGGAUUAGGUCGGAAGAUGCGAAGGUGGCUAGUAUUCGAGACUGGCCACGACCAGAAACAGUCACUGAGGUCAGAUCUUUCUUACGAAUGCGCGGCUACUAUAGGAACUUCGUAAAGAACUAUUCUACAGUCGCCUCUCCUUUGACAGAUCUAACUCGACUUCACACGCCGUGGGACUGGAGUGAUGAGUGCGAGGGUACUUUCAAGCGAUUGAAGCAUGCACUCAUGAAUCAUGAAGUUCUCAUGGUUCCCGAUCCUCAGAAGCCAUUCAUAGAUGGGAAAAAGUUGAGACCGAUUGAGUACAUGAGUAAGAAGAUGCCAUCGAAGAAACUGGCAAAGUCCACCUACGAAAGGGAACUCUAUGCUCUCUACAAGGCACUUGUCCAUUGGAGACACUUCCUAUUGGGAAGGUUCUUCUACUUGAGGACUGAUCAUCAGACCCCCAAAUGGAUCACGACUCAACCGGCUCUUUCUGACGCACUCAAGCGAUGGAUUGAAGUCAUAGAUCAAUAUGACUUCAAGCUUGAGUAUCUGAAGGGAGAGUACAACAAGGUUGCAAACGCGCUAUCACGUAGGGCAGACUACCUAGGUGCGCUAGUUUCUGACUUUGGUGUAUCUGAAGAAGUAACUCAAUCAUUGGUGGGAGCCUAUCAGGAAGACCCUGUCACGAUGGACAUCAUGCGCAAACUUCAGGCAAAAGACAAGGCCACGGGAAGUGAGUUUGUGGUGGUGGACGGGCUACUCUAUCUUGAUAAGGCCGGUGUUAAAAGGCUAGUAGUUCCAUCUAGUGAACGUUUGCGUAGUUUGUUUUUAGGAGAAUGCCAUGACGCAACCGGGCCCUUUGGUUACAAAAAGACGAGUGCUAAUCUAGUACAACGAUUUUGGUGGCCUGGAAUGGAAGAUGACGCGAAGAAGUAUGUAGAGACCUGUCACGUCUGUCAGCGGGACAAGCCGCGAACUCAAGCACCGCUUGGGUUGCAGAAGCCCUUACCUAUCCCUGCUGGUCCAAGACAGAGUGUUUCCAUGGAUUUCAUGGACACCCUGGUGACCAGUAAGAGUGGCAAGAGGCACAUUUUCGUCAUCAUCGAUCGAUUCACCAAAUACGCUAGACUAGUUGCCAUGCCAGAGACAGCAGGGACGGGCCAUGUCAUCAAGUUGUUUCCGGACAACUGGGUGCGUGACUUUGGUUUACCAAAGACAACCGUUAGUGACAGAGAUGUUCGUUUCACAAGUGAGUUGUGGAAGAAGACUGCUGAGCAGAUGGGCAGUCAACUUCAAAUGACUUCAGGGAAUCAUCCCAAAGCCAACGAACAGGCCGAGCAAAUUAAUAGAGUUGUACAACACUUGCUGAGGCAUUACAUCAAGCCCAGCCACGAUGAUUGGGAUGAGAAGUUGCCUCUCAUCGCCAGCCUGUACAACAACGCUGUACACAGCAGUACCGGCGUUAGUCCUAACCAGCUGCACUUGGGAUGGAAGCCUAGAUCUGCUCUGGACUUCCUCCUACCUGAAAACCGAUCCUCUGCAACUCCAGGCACACUUGAGUACGGUGUGCAGUAUGAGAAGCUGCUGCAGCAAGCUGUCGAGCAUAUUAAGAAAGCUUAGCAAGCAAUGAUUGCUUCUGAGAACAAGCAUCGACAACAG